AUGGCAUCUACCUCAGCAUCUCCACACCAGUACCCUCUGGUAAAACUUCCCCAUCCCUUUCUGGCCGCCUACCGCGUGCAGAUUGUUGCAGAAACGACACCAACCAGAUUCACCUUGACGCUUGAUGACCAGCCCCAAGCUGGACUACCUCUACCCCAGCCACUACACAGUGACUCGCUCUCAUGGCUUGACUUGUCCUUCCCGCCCAAGAAAGUGUGCCCCCCUAGUUCAAAUAACAGCACCUGGGCAAGAGCACGACGAAGUCCGCAGACUACCUUCCAAUGGACAGGAAACGAUCCUCCUUCUCUAGGCCAAAUAUGGAACGUGAUUCACGCGAUAUACCUCGCUCAUCCGGCGUACGAAUAUUUCAGGCUUUCUCUCCUCGGCGCGGGAAAAGAAACCAUUCGGAAGGAAAUCCUGUCUACUGGUCUAGGAAUUGAGCAUCCAAAACCGUGGCGUUCUAACGAUGAUGUGACAUUCCACACAGAAGAUAUUAUGAUCCUCCGAAGUUCAUUCUGGCAAGGCGCAGCUUCUCCAACAGGUCCCCGGCCGAUCUGGGUUGUUGGAGAUCGAACAGAUGGUUCCUUGCGACAAUCCUUGGCUCAGUAUCCCAUUAUGCCAGAAAACUACCAUUUCACAAUGAAGUUCCCAGAGGAGCCUAUAUACACUCGUCAUCCGAUACGUCGUCCCAAGCCAUAUCCAGGAUCAAUCGUCUACAGCCGCUACAUUCCAGACCUCGACGAGUACUUCUCACUUGAAGUAGUUGACUGGCAAGAUGAUGAGCAUUUAAAGAUCUUCAAUACGUGGCAAAAUGACCCGCGCGUUGCAAAAGGAUGGAAUGAGACCGGCACAUUGGACCAGCAUCGCGAGUAUUUGCGCAAACUUCAUUUCGAUCCUCACGUUCUUUGUUUGUUCGGGCGCUUCAAUGAGUCUCGGUUUGCUUACUUUGAGCUUUACUGGGCAAAGGAAGACCAUUACGGUGCCCAUUACGCAGCUGGGGACUACGACCGCGGGCGUCACUCUCUGGUUGGGGACGCGUCAUUCCGGGGCGCUCAGCGAGUUAAUGUGUGGUAUUCCAGCUGCAUUCACUAUUGCUUCUUGGACGAUCCACGAACUGCAAAUGUUGUGGGCGAACCCCGGGCGACAGGCGCUACUAUCCUGUCUUACGAGAACUCCCAAGGUCUCGUCAUCGACAAGUACGUCGACUUGGGACACAAACGGUCAGUCCAUUCAACGGCCAGCAGAGAAAAGUGGUUUCAGCUAUGUCCGUUAUUUUGGGAUGGGCGUGAACGGCCAUUGGAAUCCUCUGACCGAGCAGCCUGGAAUGCGAAACUUUAUAUAUACCCGACUGAGGACUUGCUCCGACAGAAGAGGGAUACAAGCAUUACGUCGUUUGUUCACACUUGCGUCGGAAUCGAAGCUUUCAUCGGAACAGAACCCGAUGUCGGUUUACGAUGGGCCACUAGCACAUCGAUUGAGGCAUCGUCAACCUUGGAAGACAAAAUGAAGUUUGGCAAAAAGCUCGCAGGCUUUCCCAGUCUACUUCUGGCCGCUAACCCUUCAAGAAAGGAUAUAGCCACACUUCUGAUGGGCAUAGUAUGCGCAAUCGCAUCUGGUGUCCCAUUUCCAGUGAUUGGGAUCAUUUUUGGUCAGCUCCUCGACGACUUCAACGCAGUCACUUGUGACGAAUCCCGAUCCUCCCCCUCAGGAAAAAACUCUGGAUCUCAUUAUCAACAUAGCAUCGACAACAGAAUUCUCCUGAUAGUUUAUCUGGCCAUCGCCCAAUUCGUUUUGAUAUAUGCCCAUCUUUCAUGCUGGACACUAUACGGCGCUCGACUGGCACAGAGACUGCGAGAAACCUACUUGCAGAACCUGCUCCGACAAGAACCUUCAUACUUCGACAACCUUCCACCAGGCGAAGUUGCUUCGCGACUGAGUGCCGACAUACAGACAAUUCGCUCGGGCACGUCUGAGAAAGUAGGCAUAUGCCUCGCAAGCGUGUCUUUCUUCGUCACAGCAUACAUAGUCGCUUUCAUCAAAGAUUAUAUCCUUGCAGCAGAAUUAAUUUCCUUGAUCCCGGCAUAUUUCUUGAUGUCAUUUAUCGGAAGUCAUUACAUCGAGAAAUAUUCCGUGCUCAUGUCGGAUUAUGCCGCGACAGCCGCAUCAGUUGCUUCGGAAGCCCUUUCCAACAUUCUUGUGGUACAAGCCUUCGGGGCAAACCGUCGGUUGGAGAGCAAAUUUUCUGAUGCUCUCAAGUCCUCAGAACGUGAAGGUCUGAAAAAGGCUACAGCGGUUGGCAUACAAUCUGGAGUUCUGUAUUUCAUCGCCUAUUCCGCAAAUGGCCUGGCUUUCUGGCAAGGUAGCAGGCGUAUUGCCGUUGCAGUGCGGGAAGACUCCCAAGGUGCCACUGUUGGUGCUACUUUCACUGUGAUUUUUAUCCUAAUCGAAGCUACGUUACUCUUGAGUCAAGUCGCCCCCUUUCUCCACCUGUUCGUAGCAGCCGUUGCGUCCUUCGAAAAAUUACGUGAGGAUAUAAAUCGUGAACCUUUGAUUGAUGGAACUAGCGUCUCGGGUCUUCGCCUGCCACACGCAGAAGGCAGCUUUGAGUUCAAAAAUGUUUCAUUCAUUUAUCCCUCCAGACCUGAGAUCACGGUAAUCGACCAGAUCAAUCUGUCCAUACCGUCCAACAAGCAUACUGCUAUUGUAGGUCUUUCCGGUAGCGGCAAGUCAACUAUCGCCGGCUUGGUCACAAGACUGUAUGAUGCUACUGAGGGACAAAUCCUCUUUGACGGCAAAGAUAUUCGUGAGAUCAAUGUCCGUGACCUAAGAGGUUUUCUUAGUCUAGUGCAGCAGGAGCCUUCUCUUCUAAACCGUUCCCUGUUGGAGAAUAUUGCGCACGGCUUGAUCAAUUCAAGCUCUCCUAGUCACGAGCAUCUGAAACCGGUACUGCUUGGCCACAAUCUUGCAGGUCUAGCAAGCGAGCUCAGGGAAGGAAAGGAUCUCAUGGUAGCAGCAGAACACAGAGGCGCGGAUAUCCUUGAGAUUGUUACCCUAGUGCAAAACGCCGCGGUGCUUGCUGAUGCAGAUUCCUUCAUUACCGCCUUGCAACAUGGAUAUGGCACCGUGGUCGGCUCGACUGGAAGGUUAAUUAGCGGUGGCCAGAAGCAACGGGUGGCACUUGCUAGGGCCCUAGUCAAGGAUCCUGCUGUACUCAUCCUGGACGAAGCUACUGCCUCAUUGGAUUCACGAAGUGAGCAGCGUAUCCAGAAGGCCAUCUCGAACAUUGCUAGCGGUAGAACAAUAAUUACUAUUGCUCAUCGUCUGUCAACUAUAACCAAUGCCGACAAUAUUAUCGUUAUGCAAAAGGGACAUAUCUUAGAGGAGGGCAAUCAUUCAGCAUUGAUGGCUAAGAAUGGUGCAUACGCCGAUCUGGUCAAAUUACAAACACUUGGAUCAACGUCUAAAAAUAAUACCCAAACAGCAGCCACCAGUGACAGUAUUAUCAGGUCUAAUCGCACUUCCGUGACAGACGGUGAUGUCGAGAAAAGCAGCCUUUCAAACCAUGAGGUUGAAAAAACUGAAGAAACCAUUGUCUCAACAACUGAAGCCUCAGAUAUGGACGGCACUUCAUCCGCACAAGGAGAUGAAGAGCCGGAGACUCCAUCCAAAUCCUUGUGGGCUCUUGUAAAAGGCUAUGCACCAGCUGUGAGGCCACAUCUACUCAUAGUUUUUAUCGCGCUCCUUGGGUCCAGCAUUGUCGGUGGAGCAUUUUCUGGAGAAGCUGUGAUCUUCGGUAACACAGUGGGGAGUUUGAAUCCAUGCAAAAGCCCCAGCAGUAUUGAUUCUCGUGGAAACUUCUACGGCCUCAUGUUUUUUAUACUCGCAAUUAUUGAAUUCUUCGCAAAUGUGGCUAGCUGGUCCGGAUUCGGCUGGGUUUCUGAAAAAAUGGUGUACACGGUGAGAGUCUUAUCCUUUCGGUCGUUGUUCGAGCAAGAUCUCCAAUGGCAUCAAUCGCAAGGGCGAACACCGGCUCUGCUUCUUUCUUAUAUUACCAGAGAUGGCAGUGCCUUGGCUGGUUUGAGUGGCUCCGUUAUUGGCUCUUUGUUCUCCAUCACAGUCAAUCUGAUUGCCGCUAUUAUUCUGACUCACAUUAUUGCUUGGAGAAUAGCAUUGGUUUGUUUAUCCCUGGUACCGCUUCUGCUUGGGGCUGGUCUCAUGGAGCUCCGUGUCCUUGGUCAAUUUGAAGAGCGUCAUGAAAAUGCAUUUACUACUUCAGUCGACAUCGGGGUGGAAGCAAUUACAUCGAUCAAAACUAUUGCCUCUCUUUCUCUGGAAGAAGAAACGCUACAAACUUAUCGAAAGUCCUUGAAAGGACCUCGCAAAGAGACACUCAAAGUCACCAUGCAAGCAAGUCUUUGGCAGGCAACGACCUAUUUUCUUGGCAACUGCGUGAAUGCACUGGCUUAUUGGUGGGGUGCGAAGCAAAUCAUAGCAGGAAACUAUACCCAAACGCAGUUUUUGAUUGUAGUAUUUUCUCUUCUUGUCAGCGCACUGCUCUGGAGCCAAAUGUUUGCCCUCGCCCCUGAGCUUUCCAGCGCUCGGGCAGCUAUGGCUAGGAUUCUAGGCCUGAUCGAGAUAGGCUCAGACAAAAUGCAAGGCCAUGUACCUAGUCUUUCGCCAGGUGUGUCUACGCCGUCAGACGAAAAGGAUGUUGAAGCAAUGGUUGCGCAAGGAUCAUCUUCUGCAUCUGAAAAUCAAGCCGCGAGCGUACAGCUCCGGAAUGUUCAUUUUUCAUACCCUGCUCGGCCAGGCAUCAAAGUAUUGAAUGGCUUGGACAUUGACAUCCCUCCAGGCAAGUUCUGUGCCCUUGUAGGUCCCAGUGGUGCCGGCAAAUCGACAAUCAUUUCACUGGUCGAACGAUUGUACACUCCGCAAUCCGGUUCCAUCUUGAUCGAUGGCGCUGAUGUGUCGAGAUAUCGGGAUGUCUCUUUCCGAGACACAAUUGCGCUGGUGCCUCAAGAAAGUGUUCUCUUUGAGGGGAGUAUCGAGUUCAAUAUAGGCCUUGGUGCCAGGCCAGGCCAGAAAGAAGUGGCCAUGGACGAAAUUGUUGAGGCAUGUAAGCUUGCCAACAUCCAUGACACUAUUCAAGCACUGCCAAAUGGUUAUCAAACUCUCUGUGGUCCAAAUGGCAGUCAAUUCUCAGGCGGUCAGAAGCAGCGAUUAUCUAUUGCUCGAGCGCUAGUGCGGAAACCUAAGCUGCUGAUUCUGGACGAGUCAACGAGUGCUUUGGACGCCGAAUCAGAGAAGUUAUUACAAGACGGGCUUGAGAAAGCCGCAAAAGGGAUUACAGUUAUUGCAAUUGCCCAUCGCUUACACACGAUCAGGAAGGCAGACAUGAUAUUCUUGAUUGAAGCUGGUCAAUGCGUUGAUCAUGGAUCGCACGAAGAAUUGCUUGAGAGGUCGGAAAGUUAUAGGAUGAAUGUCAUGCAUCAAACAGUUGCGUAA